AUGAUCCCGGCGGCGGCCGGUGCAGCGCGGGCCACAGGCGCGGCGCGCGAAACCUUGGUCCCCGCGGAGCGUGGCGGCGGGCGGACGGGCAGGCGCGGGACUCUGGAGCCCAGGGCCCGGCUUUGUUUUCCUUGCCUCCUCGGCGGCGACGCUCUGGGGUCGUCCGAUCGGCGCCGGACACCGCGCUCGGAAGGGAAGGGGAGGACAAAAAAAGACCAAAUGGCCAAGCAACCUUCUGAUGUAAGUUCUGAGUGUGACAGAGAAGGUGGACAAUUGCAGCCUGCUGAGAGGCCUCCCCAGCUUAGGCCUGGGGCCCCUACCUCCCUACAGACAGAACCGCAAGACAGGAGUCCGGCACCCAUGAGUUGUGACAAGUCAACACAAACCCCAAGUCCUCCUUGCCAGGCCUUCAACCAUUAUCUCAGUGCGAUGGCUUCCAUAAGGCAGUCUCAGGAGGAACCUGCAGACGUUCGCCCUGAGAUACGGAUUGCACAGGAACUUCGGCGGAUUGGAGACGAGUUCAAUGAAUCCUACACGAGGAGGGCUGAAGACCACCCUCACCACCCUCAAAUGGUUAUCUUACAACUGUUACGUUUCUUCAUCCGUCUAGUAUGGAGAAGGCAUUGACAGGAUCUUCAUGCAGCCAAGGAUACAUGUGGACAUUGCUCUUGUUCAGACCGCCAGAACCCCAGCACUUCAGUCUCCUGGUGCCGUGAAGAUGCAGCGGCCGCCGGCGCUGCCGGUGGCGGUGGCUCUGUACCAGAGAGGUGCUGAGGGCGGACGACACACUGGACACACCGCACUGUGUCGACGUGAACUUAACCUUUCUGUUCCUCACCACAUGGCAGAAUUUCCAACAGACGUUCAUUGUGAAUGUAAACGAGGGAGGGCUCUUCUCUUUUUAAUGUACAGAUUCUGGGUCUUUUGGCAUCGAGUCAAAUGCAAGAGAGGUGUUUACAUGUGGUGUGGUCAUGUGGUUUUUAAACCCUCUUUCUUUGAUAACUGUUUGGGUUGGGGGGGGCUGUUUUUUUGUUUUUGUUUUUGUUUUGUUUUGUUUUUUUUCCAGAAAGGAAAUGAAAACUUUUUAGCCAACUUGUGGAUGAUUUUUAUACUAAAAUUCUAAGAACCUGACUCCAAUUCUCAGAGGAUUAUGUAAGCCUGCAGUGGGAACUGAGCCAGCUGAUUUAUAAGGCUGCCUUAGUUUAUUUUUAGAGAUUACUGUACAGACUUUUUCAACAGGGAGAGUAUGGUGCUGCCCUCUCUCCUUUGCCGUGACUUCCUUGAGUUUCUUUUUUAAUUAUUGCUACCAAAACAGUUCUUACGAAAUGGAAUGGAUUCAAGUGGCCAAGGGUCGAUUUCGGUGUGCCAUUCCCAUUUUGUAAAUACUUACCUCCUUAGCUCAGUUGCUUCUGUCUCAAAAUGUCACCCUUUUUGUGGUUUCCCUCAUCUCCUCCUGCUCCUCCGUCUGUCUCCACACUGAUGCACAGGUUUGGCCCAGGGUGCUCUCGUGAUGCAGUGUGUUUGGGUCAGCAGGGCUAGGGGCUGCCGGGAUUGUUCCCAGCCCCAUCAAUCAAGCUGACUCCCGGGAAGGGCUCUUGAGCACCUCACUGUCUUGUGGUGGACUUGUUUGUCCCUUGCAUCUCGAGAGAAUGCAGACUCACCCAACACUUAGGGAAGCUGUUAGCUCUUUGGGUUGCAGGCUUUCCUGCAGUCAUAGGCUCUGCUUUACUGCAUGUACCAGAUGGGCCCACACUUUUCUUGGGGAUUGGCCGGGUCAUUUCGGGAGCAAGGGGCUCAGGGAGUCAUUUACCACGCUUCUUGGCAUUUAGCCCUGCUCAUCCCAGCUGGCCCAUGAUGCCUGAACUUUAUCCCCAUUCCUUUGAACCUACCUUGAAAUAGAGACUGGCUCUGCCUCACCAGUUACCUACCAUACAUAGGAAACCUCCGUGACACCGAGUGAAACAUUCUUUUUGGUCUUCCAAAAGAUGACUGACCACUUUGUUCUCCAUUUCCCUAAUAGUUGGAUCUUGUUGGGCCGUCUGUGUCUGGGGUGGGGGGUGCUCUUUCUUGGUACCUACCCCUUAGGACCACGUGCACCAGGAGGCCACACAUUGGUCAGUCAUUUCAAGAGCAGGCAGGACUGGAAGUGUAUAGAUAGCCUGGUGAAGGAGCACUUCCCUAGCAUGUGCAGAGGCCCCGGGUUCCCUCCGAAGCACCUCCUAAGACAAACAGCACACAUGUAGACAGACAAGCAGGGAAGACAGAGGAAAGAACACCGGAGUGGUGGGGGGAGACUGUGAGCCCUCUAACUUGUGAAAACGUCAAUCAUCAGGCAGCUUGCGUAGAGAAGUGCGUGCAUUUCCCAGCAAGUCUGCGCUGCCAGCAACUGUGUUCACUUUUGCCCCAUAGAGGGCCAGUGUUUUUAUGUCAUUGAGUAGAGAAAUCCAUUCAUUCCUACGUUCCUCUGUGUGUGUGCGCGUGUGCGUGUGCGUGUGCGUGUGUGUGUGUGUGUGUGUGUGUGUGUGUGUGUGUUGUGUGUUGUGUGUGUGUGUGUAUUGCCUGUAUGCUUUUCCUUCUAGAUUGAGAUCAUUUGAUUCCAAAUAUUCUUCCUUUUAAACCCACUUCUUUCCCAGCUUCCUUAGACUUUUAAUAGUUUGAAAGCUGUGUUGGCACUCACCUUGUUCCCUGAUGUGUUGAGCCUCGUGGAGGGUUCCCCAUAUGGCCCACUGGUAAAAAGUGAUAUUGAGUGCAGCCAUGGUUCUGCUAGACACACACACACACACACACACACACACACACACACACACCAAAGACAUACUUGGUUCUGGGCCACCCACCUCCUAGGACCUUCGUGCUCAUGUGCCAGUCUCUCCGACUGGAGCACUUUACUGUUUCAGCCCUGUGGCUCUGUGGUACCUCCUGGGCAGGUGCAGAAGGCUCCCAGAGCCAGGUGCCAGUGGCAUGUGUGACCCCUCAAGCAUGCCUACCUCUGGCCCAUUGGCCUCCAGCCUGGGGCUGACCAUCAAAGCAGCUCAUGGAGAAAUAAAAGAUUCUAUGAAUUGUAGAAUUCAAGGACAGGAUGUGGCACCCAGACCUUAGACACGACUGGAUGUCCCUGUACUGUAUCUGUUUAUUGAAAUGCAAAUUAGGAAAUAUGUCUGCCUACUGUGGGUAGACCCUUGUACUUAAUUUUUAUUUUAUUAUUGUUAUCUCUCUUUUUUGUAGAACAAAAACUAGAUCCCCCAACCUCUCUCUCUCCCUCUCUCUCUCUCUCUCUCUCUCUCUCUCUCUCUGUGUGUGUGUGUGUGUGUGUGUGUGUGUGUGUGUGUAAACAUAAUGCGGGUUUUGUGCCUUGGCAGCCUCCCCAUGUGAGGUUUGUGAGAAGGUGAAGUCCUGUGACUUCACCCCAAGAUGCAAUAAACACAAAAUGACUUCCUGAGUGACUCUUCAGAUUUCCUUCCU